AUGCCGGAGUCCCAAUUUGACCCGGCACUUUCUGCCGAUCUUCACAACAAGAUUUUAGAAUAUGCAUGGACAGCGGCCGGAAAUGAUUUGUCUACAUUGUCUUCCACUAGUUGGUGGCAAACUUCCGCUCCCGUUGAAAUUGAUUCCCGUCUGAUUCCGAAUCUGGUUUCGUUCCUACGUCUGGCGAAGUUUACAGGAGCAAACACGUUUUUUUAUUCCUCAACCCUCAAAACAUGGGGUGAUCGUUUUGUUUGGUUAUAUCCGGCUACCGGGGCGGUCGAUGUUGAAGAAGUUAGUAUCAUCUUCGAUCAGAGGUACAGAGCUUACAGCUUUUUUUCCAGACUGGGAAAGUCUGAUUUGCGAUUGCGAUAA